UUUGGCUGGUCGUUUGGUUUUUGUAAUUCGGAUGGAUCUGGGGAGGGGGCAGCACCGCCGCCAGCCCCCUGGGGUGGGUCAGGCUGGGGACACCGGGGACACAGCAUCCCCUCCCCGGCGCAGCACUGGGGUCCAGCCCGUGUCACUCCCCUCGCGAUGGGACGGGAAGGGGUGGCCUCAGAGACACUUUCACUUUCGGAAGGGUGACGUAGUUUCCAGGAACCCGGGAGCUGGCAGAUAAAAGCGAGCGGCGGCAGGAGCGCCCGUGGCGCCAUGGCAGCACUCAACAGCGAGGGGUAAGCAGCACCCUGGCACCCCCCCUAAGGGUCGCCGUCCCCAAGUGGCCCCGGUGCCCCCCCCAGUGACGGCCCCGUGUCCCCAGGGAGGCCCAGAAGCUGCGGUUCGGGCCCUGGCUGGUGCGAGCCAUCGACAGCGGCAGCUACCGCGGGCUGCGCUGGAUCAACGCGGAGCGCAGGGCCUUCCGCGUCCCCUGGAAGCACAACGCCAGGAAGGAUGUCACCAGCAGCGACCUGGAGGUGUUCAGGGGUCCCUGUGCUCACGCACCCCCGCACCCCCCAGGCCUGGGCGCAGGUGAGCGGGAGGUACGAGGGGUCCCCCGAGGACCCCGCCAAGUGGAAGACCAACUUCCGCUGCGCCCUGCGGAGCACCCACAUGUUCGAGCUGCUGGAGGACAAUUCCAAGAGCGGCGAUGACCCGCACAAGGUCUUCGCCAUCACCCCAGCCGCCCUCUGCCCCAGCGAGGAGGGAGAUUUCGGCAGCCCCGAUCCUGCAGCGGAGCAGCAGUCGCGGCUGGUGCUCGCCCCCCUAGACGUGGCCCCAGAAAUCACUCCCCCAGGCACUGCUGCUCCCACCCCGUCCCCGCUGCUGGAGGACAUGGAGGUGCUGCAGUGGGUGCUGAAGAAGUGCAACAUCUCCCCCCACGACUUCGGCACGCUGACCUCGUCCUGGCCACCUGCAGGGGACGCCCCCCACCAGGACACCCUGCUCCAGCCUCUCCCAGGCCCUGGCCAGGACGACUCACUCACCCCACCGGCAGUUCAGGACUGGGUGUCCAUGGAGCAGCCCCUCUUGGGUGCCUGCAGCCCCCCGGACCCCAUGCUGCUGGGGGAGCAAGGUGGGUGCUGUGGGGCAGGAUGCAGCCCCAGGUAUGAGAGUGCCCUCAUGGGGUGGGAAGAGGCCUCUCCCAACCAAAGCGACGGGCACCCCGCUGCACCCCAAAUGGCGAUGCCAGCGCACCCGCCGGAGGCCGCGGUCCCUGAGCCACCCCCAGGAGAGACAGUGCCCUUCAUCCCUGCCACCAACCCAGUGCCAGCGCCGCUGGAGGAUAGCACAGACGGCAACGUCCCCGUCCUGGAUGUCAGCAUCUACUACCGGGGGAAGCUCUUCUACCAGGAGGAGGUGAGGGGCCGGCAGUGCCUGCUGCUGUACCAGCCCUCCGACCCGGCGCUGGUCCUGCGCCCCGGCCACCGGGUGAGCUUCCCCAGCCCCUCCAGGCUGGCCGAUGACAAGCAGCGGCGCUUCACCGAGGAGCUGCUGGGCUGCGUGGGGCUGCAGCUGGAGCAACGCGCCCACAAGCUCUUCGCCACCCGCCUGAAGAAGUGCAAGAUCUUCUGGGCACUGUCCCAGCAGCUGGAGGGUCCCGAGGAUCCCCCCUCCAACCUGCUCUGCCGGGACCAGGAAAUCCCCAUCUUUGACUUCAAUAAGUUUUGCACAGCUGGUGCCCAAGUUCUGCGAGCACUGGUACGAGCAGGUGCUGCGGGAGGGAGCCUCCUCCCUCGACAGCGGCACCAUCAGCCUGCAGCUCUCCGACUCCUUCAGCCUCUUCGAGCUCAUCGAGCAGUGCGACAUGCAGAUAGACUGACCCCCACCCCCCCUGCUCCCCGGGCCCCCCCCAGGACAGGCACCAGCUGGUGGGGGACCACCAGGCACCACGGGCCGUGCAAACCUGCGUCCCCCCAGGAGCACUGCGGGGGGAUGCCUACGGUGGGGAUUUUCCAAGGACAGCUUCGGUGGCUGAUCCCAGAGCCAACACCUUGCUUUUCCCCUCCAUCAGCUGCUAACGUGUGUUUUUGGUGGAGCGUGGUCAUUUACAGAUUUAUUUUCUUAAGUUCUCUAAGCUUAAAUAUAUUAUGUAUGGAAAGGUGCUUCCUGCUUGUUUAUGUUGCUUAGAGGUCUGGCCCUGCUGGUAGUCUGAGACCUUCACCCCCCACCCUCCCCCAAACCCACAGGGGUCCGUGGCCAGCCUUGUCCCAGUAAAGCCACUGCUGGCAGUGGGUCGUACUGGAGCGCCCGUCAGCGCCUUCUCCCCGUUAUCU